AUGCAACUUAAACGCCCUACUGAAUCGGUGACUGCACCGACGACUACCUCCAUGUCCACUACCGGUACUUCUUUCGCAAGUGCCGAUACGCCCCGUCCAACUACUCUUGAUACUCAUGGUGGCCUUAUCGUAUUCCAUCCUGCUCCUAGUGCUUUGAUUUCAUCAGUUUCGAAUGCUAACAGCCCUCAGUCUCUAGAAUGUGGCGAGAGUCGAGCUGAUCCCUGGUUAAAUCACUUGUUGCCACAUGGUUAUUUACCGCUUCCAAGCGCUUCAGUGCCCUGGUUAGCAAGACACUUUUCCACUGAAACCAGCAGUUCGCUUCAGAGCCAUUCGGAUCGUAGUGACCCUCUCCUGCUAUUCAACGCCGAUUCUGUUAUAAAAUAA